AUGAAUUCACAAACUAGUUUGAAUAAAUUUGCUUAUGAAUUAAUAGAAAACAGAUCAGUUAGAUCAUAUGAUUUUUGUGGUUCCAUUAACAUUAAUAAAUUAAAUACUUUGUUAUUAGCAUCAGCAAAGGCUCUAAUAAAGGUUUAUAUAUUUCAAAUGGGAUUUCUCAAAUAAUUAACAUAAUUAGGGGGACAUAAGAGUUAUGUAAAAUGUCUUAGAUUUUUAAAUAAGUAGGAUCACUUUUUAUCAGGAUCACUUGAUCAAUCUAUAAUAGUUUGGUCAAAAUAAUUAUUGGCUUCUUCUAAAUAUAUUUAAAAAAUCAAAACUCACAGUAGUUCUGUAGUUGCUUUGGUUCUUCAUCCAACUAUUGAGAACGUAUUUAUAUCUGCUUCUAGUGGAUUAAUUUAAUUCUUUUAACACUCUAAUCAUAAAUAAUGGUUUAGUGUUGGCAAAAUAACAGAAAUUAAUUAACUUUUUGGAAUGACAAUCAACCAAAAUGGAACUAUAAUAGUAACAUGUGGUGAGGAUAAUCUAAUAAAUAUAUUUGAAUAUUAAAAAUAAUAAUAACGGCAAAACAAUAAUUAAACUUGGUUAAUAAAACAAAAAAUUAAUGUAAAAUAGUGGGGCUUUAGGGUCUGUUUUUUAGAUAAUGAAAUAUUUGUUUUUUAACCUGUUUCAUAGAAUUAUAAUGGAACAACACGUAUGAAUAUAUAUACAUUAAAUUAAUAAAAUUAAUUCAUAAAAGAUAAAACAAUUCCUAUUAAAGGGGGAGGUCAACUAUGCAUGGAGAAUUUUCCUCCUAUAUAUAAUUAAUCUAAAUUUAUUCUUCUUAUGAAAAAUGGUAAUUAUAUCAAUUUGUUUAAAUAUACUGAAGGAUAAUUUAGAUUAAGAUUUAAAUAGGCUAUUUCCUUUGGUAUCUCUGAUUUAUUUGGUACUUUGAGCGAUGAUGGAGAAUAUUUAAUUACUUGGGAUAAAUUAUCAAGAUAGAUUUAGAUAAGAAUAUACACUGAUUUAAAAAUAAAUAAAUAAGAGAAUGAUAGUGAAUGA